ACAUGUUCCGGUGGCUGGAGGUGCUGGAGAAGGAGUUCGACAAGGCCUUCGUGGACGUGGACCUGCUGCUGGGCGAGAUCGACCCGGACCAAGCCGACAUCACCUACGAGGGGCGGCAGAAGAUGACGAGCCUUAGCUCCUGCUUCGCGCAGCUGUGCCACAAGGCGCAGACCGUGUCGCAGAUCAACCACAAGCUGGAGGCACAGUUGGUGGACCUGAGAUCUGAACUGACAGAGACUCAAGCAGAGAAAGUUGUGCUGGAGAAGGAGGUCCAUGACCAGCUCUUACAGUUGCACUCCAUCCAGCUGCAGCUUCAUGCGAAAACUGGGCCCAGUGUCGACUCUGGUACCAUCAAGGCAAAACUGUCUGUCCCUUCUGUGGAAGAGCUGGAAAGAGAGCUUGAAGCAAACAAAACAGAAAAAGUGAAAGAAGCCCAGCUGGAAGCCGAAGUGAAAUUGCUGCGAAAGGAGAACGAAGCCCUCCGCAGACACAUAGCCGUUCUCCAGGCCGAGGUGUACGGGGCCAGGCUGGCCGCCAAGUACCUGGACAAGGAGCUGGCGGGGAGGGUCCAGCAAAUACAGUUACUAGGACGAGACAUGAAGGGUCCUGCUCAUGAUAAGCUUUGGAACCAGCUAGAAGCUGAAAUCCAUUUGCACCGGCACAAGACGGUCAUCAGAGCCUGCAGGGGACGGAACGACUUGAAACGACCCAUGCAGGCACCUCCAGGCCACGAUCAAGACUCUUUAAAGAAAAGCCAAGGAGUUGGUCCCAUUAGAAAAAUUCUUCUCCUUAAGGAAGACCACGAGGGCCUUGGCAUUUCAAUUACAGGUGGGAAGGAACACGGUGUCCCCAUCCUCAUCUCUGAGAUCCAUCCCGGGCAGCCUGCUGACAGAUGUGGAGGCCUGCAUGUCGGGGACGCCAUUCUGGCAGUCAACGGAGUUAACCUGAGGGACACGAAGCAUAAAGAAGCCGUAACCAUACUUUCCCAGCAGAGGGGAGAGAUUGAAUUCGAAGUGGUGUACGUGGCUCCUGAAGUGGACUCUGAUGACGAGAAUGUGGAGUAUGAAGAUGAGAGUGGGCAUCGUUACCGUCUGUACCUUGAUGAAUUGGAAGGUGGCGGCAACCCUGGUGCUAGUUGCAAAGACACCAGUGGGGAAGGCAGAGCGUUCCCAGGCUAUAAUAAGAAGACAGUCACUGAUGCCCAGGAGAAUGGAGACCUGGGAACUUCAAGUGAGACUCAGCUGGACGAUACGGCUUCAAAAUUAGAUGACCUGCACGGUGGCCUGUAUCAUAAAAAGUCUUUCUGAGCAUCUGCAGCUCCAGACAGGAUGGCUCAUCAGACUUUGUUUGAAUUGGGGGUACCAGAGAGGGUGGUGACAAAGACCAUCCCGGGUUGAGAGAGGCUGUUUGUUGCCUAGAGAAAGGCAGGUACGUCAGGGCUUCGUGCGAACAGUUCCAAAUGCACACCCCGCUUUUCCGUGGUACACCACAAUUAGUUAGCUAUUGCAUGUAAGGCAGUUUUGAUUUACCUGAAGUUGUAAGCACCAAAGCAUGUGUUUCCCAAAGGAAUAUUGUAUUGCUAGGCUCUUAAGUACCAAAUGAAGCACUACUAUUUUAUUUGAUUCCCUUCUUAUUUGGAAGCUGGACAGUGCCAACUGGACUUUUAUUAAAAAUAGUCAUUAUUCAGGAGUAAGGGAGUUCACAUAUAUUUCAGAAUAUUAACUGUGGUGUUUCAAAGGACAGAACUGACUCAGUGAAUUGAGUCUGCACAAGGCAAGGCAGAAAUGUAGGCUUAAUUUUUUAUUUUAACUGAAAGAAUGGUUUUAGGUUUUUUAAAAAAUGUGCAUCCAGAUGCCUGAACUCUUUAUGGUCAUUUAUUGUAAUGUGUUUGCCUUCUGAGUUUCAUUCAGUGUAGUACAAAAUAGUUUUCUUAAAGCAAUCCUUUAUAAAUCAAUGGUGCACUAGAAGUGUUUCUGAAAAGUUACUGUAAAUUUUACUUUUGGAUUUUAAAGGAAAUGGAGAUGAAUGUAGAAUACUUGUUCUCAAUUAUGUUGAUCCAUAUGCAUGGUUUUGGAGCAUUACAUUAUUAAUGUUUAGUCUCAAAUGUUUAUUUUUCUGGGGACCGUGAAAAAGUUUUGUACUUUUUGAGUUGUUUAUAGUUUCUCUUGUGAUAGUCCUGGCAUGUGAAGAUAAAUCUUUCUGGCGGGAAAGGCUUAUAUUUGUACUGUGUCAUGAAGUACUGAGCUCAAAAGAGCAGUUUUCUCUUACAUACCUGGUUUGCCAGUCACCUGCAUAGCUGGAGGCUGAGGCGGACAAGAGGAGGUGAUGGUCCCUGCUUGGGUUGACACUGGGAUGUGUGCGUGUGCGUGUGCGUGUGUGUGUGUGUGUGUGUGUGUGUGUCUGAAGGGUUUGCAUGUGCACACCUCAGCUUGCUCUUCUCUUGUCCCAGGGUAAGCAGAGUUCCUUCUCUGUUGGCUGCUCCAUAGGCUGUCCUAGCCUUCUGAGGAAAAUGAAAACGUUACAUUUGAAGAGGUGGUAAUUUCUGCUCCUGUCACUGUUUAAAAGAAGUAAACGUUUAAGGGUGUACUAAAGGGAGAAAAGCCUCCGAAGCUUUUAGAAUAUUAUCAGUGUCUCAUUUCUAGUAUUCAGAUGCUAUGUUGAUAAGACAUUUUGUCUUUCCAAGAUGCACUAUAUAUUUGUUCAAAGUUAAAUCUGUAAGCUGUAUAUACUUUAUUUCAUGAUUUUGCUAUUUAUAAAUUUAUGUUUUAACAAUAGCUUAUUUAGAGUUUGUUUUGGUGGCUUUAUUCAUCCCUAUAUCACCGUGUUAAUUUGUAACUAGAAGUGCACUUCACGGUGUAUAUUGCUACUGGGAUUAAAAUACUUCGUAGUAUAUAUAACAUUGCCUUUAAGCAAGAGUUAGUAUUUAAUGUUAGUGUUGCUCCUGACCGGGGGUGGGGUGGGUAUCUAGGCUUCUUAAAAGAAAAAGGUGGAUUUUUUCUUCAUGCAUCCCCUGUGUAAAACACACAGCCACACAUGACACUGCAAACUGGAUUUUAGCCAGUGUAUUCAUUUAGUAAAGAAAAGUGCCUCAGUAGCCGGUCUGAAAACAUGAAACCAUGUUGCUAUCUUAAAGUCAACUGACCAUAGUGUUUCUUUAGAGAUAUCCUGUAUCUACUAGGACUGAGCCCUUGGUAAGUUUAAGCUAUACUCCUUUGAUUUUUCAGGAAACACAUAAUAAGACUACAAGGAGUUUUAGAACCUUACUAGCAUUUUUGUGAGUGUGCUCUGUAAGUUGGAUUGUAUGCGAUGGUUGUGAAACUCCGCUCAAGGCUGACAGUACAUUGAAAGGUUUCUACACAGUAGCACCCUUUUCCUCCCCUCACGUGUUUGCACUCAUGUUGAGAGCUCUGUCGCUUAGAAGCCACUGUGAGCUUCUGGUGGUGCCAAAACCACAUUGUUGCACACUUGUGUUAGGAUAUACAGCCUUGAGGAUGAACUAAUAGUUACAGGCUUUUCCCAAAGGCCCGAGUGAGAACCAGUUCUGGUACUUUCACAUUUAUAGUAGGAAAACGCAUGUAAUACUGACACUUCUAGGAAAAAGCCAAGCAGAUAAGAAACAGUGAAAAAGUGAAGAAAAAAAUACACAGAAAAACAGUAGUUGAGAGAGUGUCCAAUGGAAGUAUAUGUGUAUAUGUGUUUACGGUUAACUUCAGAUUCUACUCUGUAGCAUUUCUGAUAGGAAUAUGAUGAAAAUACAUUAUUGCUAAGAUACUUGUAAGAAAGAUUAAAAUUCUGCGAGUGUUGGCAAUUAUCAUUGAAGUUACCAAAAGUUAGCACAACCUGUCCAUGGUGCUGGUUUUUUCCCCUACCACAGUGGACUUAUUUUUCCCUUCUAGAAACAAAAAUGCAGUGAUUCAUACACAAAUUGCACAUUGACAUUCUUAUGUAAUCUGCUAUUGCACCUCUUCCAGCCUUCCUCCUGGGGUGGCUUCAGACCUGUAAGAUUUAUGACAAAUGUAUUAUAUCUAGUUGAGUUUAAUAUUUUUUUAUUAGCCUGUAAAUAAAGAAGGCAUCUCCUACAUUAAAAUGGUAUUGACCUCAUUUUAAAAAAUAAACAUUUUUUUGUUUCUUUCACAUGAAAUAUAUUUUGGUUUAUUAUUUAUUCCAAGUUGUACCAAAGCAUUGAAGUCCAUGCAAAAGCUUGACCUGGUUUGGGAGGGGUAGGAAUUAAUUGUUUAAUCAUAAGAACUGUUUAAUAUGAAUUAGUUGAAAACAUAUUUGUUGAAAGAACUUCCAGAGCAACUGCAGGGGCAACUUUUCUGUAGAAACUUAGCAGAUGGCAAAAUAAAAGAAGAAAAAAAAGCCCUGGUCUGCUUGACUUUAGUUU